GCGGCGGCGGACGACCUCGUCGAGCCAGCGGAGGAGCGGAUCGAGAAGACGCUUUCGGUUGAUUCUGCCAGCGCCCAGGCCGAUUCCCGCGGGGGCCAGGGCAAUGGCGUCGUCGGCGAGCUCGGCGCGGGUUCUGGGGGCGAGGACGAGGAGAGCGAUUAUUACGUCGCGUACGAGCCUGGCUCGGGCCUCUUCCGGCUGUUCCAGAGCAUGCGCAACUUGCGCCCCGACGGCAUGGUUCAUUGCUUGUCGGAGUUAGCGGCCCGAUGCAACGCAUUGCUGACCACCGACAAGCACAGGGGCAUGGCGAACAAGCGGACGAUCAAGGAGCGCCUGGCGCAGUCCUCCAAGAAGUUCGAGACUGAAGACGGCGGCACCUUCCCCAGAAUCGCGGCGCCCUUCAAGAAGGCGUACGAGAGCUUCCUGCUGAUGGAGGAGCCCGACAACGAGGCUGCCAAGCUCAGGGAGCUGAAGAAGCUCAGCGACACUUCCACGAGAUUCCACGUGGAGCUGGCGACGGUAUCCACGGCGCGCUCCAACGGCGGGUCCACGUGUUGGGAGCCAUGCAAGGCCGGCUCCGCCAGGCCGCGGGCCUGGUCAGGGUUCGCGGCAGAUGCGUGCGUCCUACCAGGCGCGCAGUUCUCCCCAGUUGCUUUACCGACGAAGCCAGAGGCGGACCCGACGUUCUUCCACGCGCAUGCGAACAUGGCCGAGCACGUGGCCGCGGAGGUGCAGGAGGGCAAGAUCGACGAAGAUGUGGAUUCCAGGCGCGCGGGUUCCAUCCUGAAGGCAAUCGGCACCCUGGCGGGCUACGCCAAGCAAGUGUACAUGACGACUGCGAAGGCCAGCCGCCUGGGCGUUCCGCCGAAAAAAUUGAAAGACGCCAGGCAGCCGCAGAUCGCAAAGGCGGUGAAAGAUUUGGUCUGCAUGUACCCG